AUGCUCCCCGAGCUGGGGUUGGAGCUUUGGAGAGGAGGGGAACACGGUGGCUCUGGUGUCCCCAGGCACUGUGCACUCCCCAGGGCCAGCCCCCUGCAGACCCCUCUCUUUCUGGUUGCAGGUGCCUUCUGCAUUCCCUUGUACGUGCCCUAUGUGCUGACAGGGAGAUGGAUCUUCAGCAGAAGCCUCUGCAAACUGUGGCUCGUAGUUGAUUACCUGCUCUGCACCUCCUCGGUCUUCAACAUCGUCCUGAUUAGCUAUGACAGAUUUCUCUCUGUGACAAGAGCGGUCGCCUACAGAGCCCAGCAAGGCAAUACCAAGCAAGCAGUGCUGAAGAUGGUGAUGGUUUGGGUGCUGGCCUUCCUGCUCUACGGACCUGCCAUCAUCAGCUGGGAAUACAUAUCGGGCCGGAGCACCAUUCCCACCGGCGAAUGCUACGCCGAAUUUUUCUACAACUGGUAUUUUCUCAUGACAGCCUCUACGCUGGAGUUUUUCACCCCUUUCAUCAGUGUAAUGUUUUUCAACUUGAGCAUUUACCUGAACAUACAGAAGCGCACCAAAAUACGCCUGGAUAUUUUCCACAAAGUGCACCAGCAGUCCUUCGCUGAAGAGGUGGAAACGAGCCCAGAGGAGAAGCUUUCUUUGAAAUGCUGCAAGUGGGAGCAGAAGGAGGCAGCUGAAACCCUCGACCUCUCCAAGAGCAAAGCACAACAAAGCACAACGAGCGCAAAGGAUGCGCUGACAGCCGGCCCGGAGAGCUGUGGAAAACCAAAACAUUACCACAAAAAAUGCUGUAAAAACUCAGCAUCCACGCUGUCCUUAGAAAAGCAAAUGAAGAUCGUCUCCCAGAGCAUGACUCAACACUUCAGGCUCUCCAGAGACAAGAGAGUGGCCAAAUCGCUGGCAAUAAUUGUAGGCAUCUUUGGGAUUUGCUGGGCACCGUACACGCUCCUCAUGAUCAUCCGGGCGGGCUGCCACGGCCACUGCAUCUCUGAUUACUGGUACGAAACUUCCUUCUGGCUGCUGUGGAUCAACUCUGCCGUCAACCCCAUCCUGUACCCGCUCUGCCACUACAGCUUCAGAAGAGCUUUUAUUAAGCUCCUCUGUCCAAAGAAGCUGAAGAUUCAACCUCACAACCCGCUUCAGAACUGCUGGAAGUGAAGCCAGCCCAGCGUAGGGGUGAGAAGAGCCUCUUAACUCACCUGUGUUACAAGCAGUACUGUAGUUUGCUUCCCUGGAAGAGUCUAGGGGGAUAUGAAGGCAGCAAUGAGAUCAAGACUAAUUUCUUCUUCCAGUCCAUCAUCAACAACAAAACAUACAGAGUGGAGGGGUAAGUUUUGGGCAUUGCCAGGGCUCCUCAAGUGUGCAACCCACACGUAAAGAUGCCACAGAAGAGCUCUGCUGCCACCUAGGCAGCCAGAGAGGCACCAGCAUUUUCUUAAAACCAACAAAAAUAGAACCAAAAAUAGAAAUCGACAAGAACAAAUUACAAAUAUCUAACUUAAAAAACACCAGACUGAGCUACAACUUGUCUGCAUUCAAACCAGAUGUUUUUGAGAGUUUUCUUACACUUAUAUUAUGUACAUGCAGUGAUGCAAAGUUUCAAACUUUCUUUCAAGAGAAAAAUCACCUAACCCGUCAUUACUGCUGCUACAACUACAGCCAUAAUCCAGAUCCCCAUUGCAGAUGGUGUAACGGGUAUUUUCCCCMCAAAGGGUAAAUCUUUGCCCUCAGGAGUUUAAGGCCAGGUUUAGGUGGCCCCAGCAUCCUCAAGCACCCUGUUUCCUGAUCCUUGCUUCUAAGGAUCAGCAUGGGUAUUUCUUGAUUCUUUUUUGAUCUUCUUCUUGAUUUAUUGAUCAUCACCUUGAUUUCUGUGUAUUCUUCACACUCUUGCCUCCUUUGGGAAGCUUACCUCUCUUCCCUCAAGCAUGGUGCCACGUCCUCCAGUGUCCUUGUCUGCUUUCCCCAUUUAGGCUGUCACGUAUAGACACAAGUAUCAGGCACAUUGAGGCUGUUUGCCUGGCUUUGCUAUGGAGAGGAUGGAGAAGAGGAACGCGAUGGGAAUGACUUCCAGGUGGGAGAUGCCCAGCAAKAGCAAGUGCAGUCACUGGUCCUCACAGAUGAGUCAGCAAGUCACCCAAGCAUCAAAUUCUUUUCAAGCCAUCUACAAGUUUCACAGCUGCAGUGCUAGAUUCAAGAGACCAGGGCUCUAUCAUCAGUCAGUCUUAAUGUGAAAUAUUGGUCAUUUUGUCUCUGUUUCCCAUUUCAUACUUCACAGUAACCUAUUUAGCCUCUAAUUUCUGUGGGAACAGAGGUAGUACGGUCAUAAAGCAAAAGCAACUCCCA